AUGGAGAGAUAUUUCAAGAGGAAAUCAAUGGAAAAAGAGUCAUCUAAUAAAGAAGAAGUCAAGGAUAAUGAAAAUAUUCAAAAGGAUAUUUCAAAUGCUUUGGCAAGUGAGACUACAAGCAUUAUUGUAAAUGACAUUGGACAUGGAUUGUUUGCUAUUUUAUGUGAUGAAUCUCGUGAUGCAUCAACAAAGGAGCAAUUAGCAGUUGUUAUUCGUUACGUGGAUUCACAUGGAUAUGUGAUUGAGCGUUUUCUUGGCAUUUUACAUGUAAGAGAUACUACUACUCUUUCACUUAAAAAAGCAAUUGAUGUUUUAUUUUCAAAACAUGGUUUGAGCAUAUCACAAAUCUGUGGUCAAGGUUAUGAUGGUGCUAGUAACAUGCGAGGGGUUGCAAAGAAACAUGUCCAAGUCUCUUCUAUGUAUAAUACAUUGUCUACCUUAGUGCAUGUUCUUGAAGGUUCAUCUAAAAGACAAGAAAUUCUUAGAGAACAACGCCUUAAGAAAGUCGUUGAUGAUCUAAUGACUGGAGAUCUUGUGAGUGGUCGGGGUUUAAAUCAAGAAACUAGCCUUCAAAGAGCUUGUGAUACACAUGUUGGGGUUCAUUUUGGCUCGUUGUUAAAGUUGGUUCUUAUGUAUGAUUCUGUAAUAGAUGUUCUUUUGAUAAUUGAAAAUGAUGAAAAUCAUGGAAUAACGAAUGCACUAUCUGAAGCAUUACAAAGGAAGGAUCAAGAUAUUGUGAAUGCUAUGGGUCUGGUCAAAGUUUCCAAGCAACAAUUACAAGCUACUAGGGAAGAUUGA